AUGGCCGCCUCGGGCCUGCACCACCUCGUCGCCAACCACCAGCAGAUCCUGUCCGAGACGGUGUACCGCUCCUUUGAGGUGCCGCUGCUGCAUGACCUCGACAAGUGGCGCUCCGUCAUCGACGACGAGGAGGCCACCUACCAGCACCGCAUCACGGCGCAGGCCCGCGAGGUCCGCCGCCUGGAAAAGGACGGGCUCAAGCUGCACCGCCAGAAGCGCCGCGACGUGGCGCGCUUCCGCGCGCACCUCGUCGAGCUCACCGGCAAGCUCGACGGCAUGUCGACGCUGCACGCCGACCACGCCCGCACCAUGCUGCGCGAGAGCCAGGACACGAGCGCCCGCAUCGUCGACGCCAGCUGCAGCCUCGUCCGCGCCGAGGUGGACAUUUUCGAGAGCCUGGCCAAGAAGGGGUGGACCGGCGGCGGCCUGGAGGACCUGCUGGAAAAGGGCCAGGACCUCUUUGCCACGGACACGGACACGGGCCACCACGGCGGCGGCAUCCUCGGCGGAGGCACCGGCUCCGGCGACGGCGUCAAACUGUUUUCGAUCCUACCCCCCAAGAGCAUCCUGCCUGAUGCCGUCUCGGACUCGUCGCGCGGCGGCCACGCUAGAAGCGACAGCCUCCUCACCGACCCCGACCGGUACCAGUCCCUGACGGCGCUGGCCUCGGACAACCGCCCGCCCGCCGACGUUGAAGCUGUGGCGGCACCGGCCGACUUCAACAAGCCGCGCAAUGCGCGGCCCUUUUCGCCGCAGCCCAUCCGACGCACGCCGAUGGAGAUUACGGAAGACUCGCUCGGCGCGUUUGGCAACGGCUACAUGCAACAGCAGGAGGCUGGCGAAGACGACCGCCCCGAGGAGAACAGCAACGCGGCUGGGACGUCUAAAGAGGAGGAUGAGGAAGAGGGACAUGAGAGCGACGACCGCGGGAGGCGAUCGCGAUCGCACACGCCAGAACCGAGAGAUGACAUACCAACGUAUGACGGCUCCCCUGGAGGGGGAUGGGGCUCUUCUUGA